GCUGCGUUGCUGGUUUCUGUUUCUGGCUCAAAAUUGAGUUCCAUUCCAUGUGUGACGCUCACUAGUCUGUAGGGUUUUAGCGACUUCAAAACCCUUUUUCCAUGCACAUUCCCGCGCUCAAGCAUCUAGAGCAAGGGGUUGUAGCUCCACCCAACUGAUUACUGAAAUUUUAGGGUUUUUCCUCAGGACUGUAAUUUGGGAGCGCACCAGUGGUAUCUUUUGGGGGUACAAAGUGGACGUUGAAAUGGAGGCUUCUCCUAGCUACUUCGAUCCCGAAGAUCUCACUUCCAGAGAACAGUUUCGCCGUUACGGGAAAAGGCACUCAACUUCAAGUGUAUCACCGCAUCAAGACACUUCAGUGUCCAAGUUUAAGGAAUCCAGGCUAUUGUAUGAGGGGCAGAGUAUCCACAGCCCGACAAAUGCUGCUCUUCUUCUUGAGAAUAUCAAACAAGAGGCUGAUAGUGUCGACACUGAUCACUUUGAAGGUACACCCGCAAGGACUCAUUCUGCUUUUAAGAGGAGAUUGUCCAUGGAUAGUCACGACAUCUCAGAGGUUGAUCUUGGUGUUGAUUCAAUACGAUGGCUAGGAAGUGAAUCACUUAAAGCUUGCAAGAUUGAGGAUGAGUCAUUGACGGAUACCGGAGAGACAAUUUUUGGUCUAUUUGCAUCUCUUCUUGAUUCUUCUAUCCAAGGAUUGAUGCCUAUUCCUGAUUUGAUUUUAAGGUUUGAGAAAUCAUGCAGGAAUGUUUCAGAGUCUAUUAGGUAUGGGCCCAACAUACGGCAUCGGGUUGUAGAGGACAAAUUGAUGAGGCAGAAGGCCCAGCUUCUGCUUGAUGAGGCAGCUACCUGGUCUCUUCUCUGGUACCUAUAUGGGAAAGUGACAGAGGAACCUCCUGAAGAGCUUAUUGUGUCACCAUCAACAUCACAUUUAGAGGCUUGCCAGUUCGUUGUGAAUGAUCAUACAGCACAGUCAUGCCUCCGAAUUGUUCAGUGGCUGGAAGGAUUAGCCUCUAAAGCCCUUGAUUUGGAAAGCAAGGUGCGGGGGUCUCAUGUUGGUACCUAUCUUCCCAAUUCUGGAAUUUGGCACCAUACCCAACGGCUUUUGAAGAAAGGUUCCUUUGGUACUAAUACUGUUCAGCACUUGGAUUUUGAUGCUCCAACUCGUGAACACGCUCAUCAGCUACCAGAUGAUAAAAAACAAGAUGAGUCUCUUCUGGAAGAUGUCUGGACUCUAUUAAGGGCAGGAAGACUGGACGAGGCAUGUGACCUUUGCCGGUCUGCUGGACAGCCUUGGAGAGCUGCAACUUUAUGUCCUUUUGGGGGGCUGGACCUAGUUCCUUCUGUUGAAGCCCUGGUGAAGAAUGGGAAGAACAGAACCCUGCAAGCCAUUGAAUUGGAAAGUGGCAUUGGUCAUCAAUGGCGCCUUGGGAAAUGGGCUUCCUAUUGUGCAUCAGAGAAAAUUGCAGAGCAAAAUGGUGGAAAAUAUGAAGUUGCUGUAUAUGCAGUACAAUGCAGUGAUCUUAAACGCAUGCUUCCAAUUUGCACGGACUGGGAGUCAGCAUGCUGGGCAAUGGCAAAGUCUUGGCUUGAUGUUCAGGUAGAUUUGGAGCUAGCUCGUUCACAACCUGGUAGAAUAGAGCAGCUUAAAAGCUAUGGAGAUGGUAUUGAUGGAAGUCCUGAACUAAUAAAUGGUAUGUCUCAGUCUUCCAUGGGACCAGAAAAUUGGCCACUCCAAGUUUUGAACCAGCAACCACGAAACCUGUCUGCUCUUCUACAGAAACUCCACUCAGGUGAAAUGGUUAAUGAAGCUGUUACUCGAGGGUGCAAAGAGCAUCAACGGCAAAUUGAGAUGGAUCUUAUGUUGGGUAACAUACCACACCUGUUGGACAUGAUCUGGUCAUGGAUAGCACCUUCAGAAGAUGAUCAAAAUGUCUUUAGGCCUCAUGGUGAUCCUCAAAUGAUUCGAUUUGGUGCUCACCUAGUGCUUGUUCUUAGGUAUUUACUUGCUGAGGAAAUGAAGGAUUCUUUUACAGAGAAGCUUAUGAAUGUUGGUGACCUUAUUCUACAUAUGUAUGUGAUGUUUCUUUUCUCAAAGCAACAUGAGGAGUUGGUUGGGAUUUAUGCUUCUCAGCUUGCACGUCAUCGUUGCAUUGAUAUUUUCGUGCACAUGAUGGAACUAAGGCUAAAUAGUAGUGUGCAUGUCAAGUAUAAAAUUUUCCUUUCUGCUAUGGAGUACUUGCCAUUUUCUUUGGAGGAUGAUUCAAAAGGCAGUUUUGAAGAAAUCAUUGAGAGGGUUCUGUCAAGAUCUCGAGAAAUCAAAGUUGGAAAAUAUGAUAAGUCAUCGGAGGUUGCAGAGCAGCACCGUUUGCAGAGUCUACAAAAAGCUUUGGUGAUCCAAUGGCUCUGUUUUACACCGCCCUCUACAAUUACCAAUGUUAAGGAUGUCAGUGUCAAACUUCUUCUGCAGGCAUUAGUGCACAGCAACAUCCUGUUCAGAGAAUUUGCUCUGAUUUCUAUGUGGAGAGUGCCAGCAAUGCCAAUAGGUGCACAUGCAUUGCUUAGUUUACUUGCUGAGCCGUUGAAGCAGCUUUCAGAAAUACCUGAUACCCUUGAGGAUUAUGUUUCCGAGAAUCUGAAAGAGUUUCAAGACUGGAGCGAGUACUACUCCUGUGAUGCAACAUAUCGCAACUGGCUCAAAAUUGAAUUAGAGAAUGGAGAGGUUCCUCCCGUUGAACUCUCAGUGGAGGAAAAACAAAGAGCCAUUACAGCAGCCAAGGAAACAUUGAAUUUGUCUUUGUCGUUGGUGUUAAAGAAAGAAAACCCUUGGUUGGCUUCUGUUGAAGAUCAUGCAUAUGAAUCAACGGCACCUGUAUUUCUUGAACUGCAUGCAACUGCUAUGCUCUGUCUGCCUUCUGGUGAAUGUAUGUGUCCAGAUGCCACCAUUUGUACUGCAUUAAUGAGUGCCCUCUACUCUUCAGUAAGCGAGGAAAUUGUGUUGCACCGCCAAUUAAUGGUGAACGUUGCCAUUUCGACAAGGGACAAUUACUGCAUUGAGGUUGUUCUUCGCUGUUUGGCUGUGGAGGGUGAUGGACUUGGGUUACACCAAUCUAAUGAUGGUGGUAUUCUUGGUACUGUCAUGGCGGCUGGAUUCAAAGGGGAGCUUGCUCGGUUUCAAGUUGGAGUUACAAUGGAAAUAUCCAGAUUAGAUGCUUGGUAUUCAAGUGCAGAGGGUUCUUUGGAAGGGCCAGCAACAUAUAUUGUACAGGGUCUUUGUCGUAGGUGUUGUAUACCUGAAGUCAUUCUUCGAUGUAUGCAGGUUUCGGUUUCACUAAUGGAGUCGGGCAAUCCACCAGAAAACCAUGAUGAGUUGAUCGAACUUGUUGCUUGCCCGGAAACUGGAUUCCUCCAUUUAUUUAGUCAGCAACAAUUGCAGGAAUUUCUUUUGUUUGAGAGAGAAUAUUCAAUAUUCAAAAUGGAGCUUAAUGACGCACUCUCAUCUUGAUCAUUUACACACUGAUUUAAGGUAUAUGGUGCAGAAUCUGUGCUUACUACAAAUAAUUUCAAUAUCAUAGUUUAGAUCAGUCUUGUACUCUCUGUCAUAUGUGUGUGGAUUUGGAACGCCUUUGAUACUUUCAUGCAUCGCUGCUGCUGUGGGGAACUAAGGGUUGUUUGGUAGUGAAGGAAGAUUCCUCAGAGAUUAAUAUCCUUCCAUCAAUUCCUGAAUCCCACUUCACUAGCCAUUACUGUGCAAAAUCUUCGGAGUUACCCUGUAGCUGGUUUCUUUUGGUGAUAUCACAGUUCUCGGUUCAGCCAAGUUUCAUUAGCACUGCUUCCAUUUUUCUGACAUCCAGGCAUGUUUUGUAAGUCAUAUUUAUAGAAAUUUUUAAUUUCUUGGAAUAUGUGGUCUAUGCACUAAGCGUAUCAUUUUUUUACACAUGAAAUUAGUUUAUAUAUUAAUAUUUGGGAAAUGGGUAAAAUGGAUGGAACAAAAUUGGAUUGCGAA